AUUUACUCUUGCAGAGAGUGAAGAAGUCGCUGGAGAAAUCCAUUCCCUUUACCUCAACUUCUGGGACUCAUUCAACUUGUGGUAUCAUACCAUGGUGUCCAGAUCACAAGUGUUAUGCCUGACAGCAUUUUUGGCAUUUUCCUUUGUUUUUGCUCAGGCUGAUGAUAAGUCAUUGUCGAGAGGUUCCAAAGCUCUGAGUAUCUUUAACAUCAUUCGAUUCUCGAACUCGGCAUGUUCCGGGACGGGCAAUAGAAACGGAACCUGCUACACAGAAGAGGAAUGUACUAACAAAAAUGGAAUCAAAGCUGGUUCUUGUGCCUCUGGUUAUGGAGUUUGUUGCAUCUUUUCUGCAACUUGCGGACAAACAACCCGGGAGAAUUGCACUUACUUCGAUUCUUCCACUGUAUCUUCGGGGGCUUGCUCUUUGGAAGUUUGCAAGUGCAAUGACAACAUAUGCCAGCUCCGUUUGGACUUCAAUAGUUUUGUCAUUGCCGGACCAUCAACCUCGACCCUUUCCUUUGGCAAAAUAUUAAAUGGUGUCGUUUCUGCGACCGGUAAAGUAGCUGUUUCUACAGCCACUCGUUGUCUCAUUGAUCAGUUUUCCGUGACAAGCCCGGGAAAUCCCUCUCCUCCAACAAUUUGUGGGAUCAACUCUGGCGAGCAUAUGUACGUGGAUGCUAGCGAUGCUUGCAAUGAUUUGUCCUUUCAACUCGGAUCGGCAGGAACAACCGGACGACGAUGGUCAAUCAAGGUUACUCAAUACGGAUGUGAUUUUGAGAAUCUGGCUCCUGAUGGCUGCACGCAAUAUUUCUACGGAUCAAACACUGGAUUAUUGAAGACCUACAACUUUGAUGGCGAGAUUCACUUGGCGAAUCAAGAACAAAAGAUCUGCGUCAGACAAGAGGCUGGAAAUUGCAAGAUUUGUUACACGACAGCGGCGGACACUGACUUUAGCGUCUCAGGACAAUCCGAUGCUUUGAUGGGAUUCACCAAGUCCUCGGAAUGUUGUGGAUAUGGCAAUGACGGGAAAGGAGUCAAUGGGUACGAUUGUGUUGUGAUUCCUGGGGCCUUAAAGCAGACGGCUAAGGAAGAGCUUAUCCCUGGCUCUCAAAUCUGUGGAAGGAAAAUGGUUUCGGCUGAUGAAGGAGAAGACCUCAAGACCAUUUGCACCGAUCAACGACCUUUCCACAUCACAUUUCGAUCUGACAACUAUGAAGAGGCUGUGAAAGAAGUCAACAUAAAGAAUCUACUGAAUAAGGGAUUCCGAUUGGUUUACAGCCAAACGAGUUGCGGAGUGUGAUAAUGAAAGCCAUCAGUUUUAGACCAAUUUUCAACCUAUGCAAUUUGUUUUUAUUCAUUUCCUCUAAUCGAUUUCUAAUAAAGGACAUGCCU